UACAUAUAUGAACGCCCCAUGCGUCAGUGCUGAUAUCUACGUGGAGAAUUAAUUAUAAUAUUGAUACCAACAUGUGAACAAAUUACCUUUGACCUCAUAUCCAUAUCCAUCGUGUGGGAAACGGUAAACAAAGCAGAGAACGUUGUAAUGUUAUUGUUUUGGCUGGGUGUAAAUCAAAUGAAAUGUCAACACCUUUAUGAAGCUGAUUUUUAAGGUGAAGAAUGUCGAAAAACAUCAAGAAAUUGGCAGGAAUUGUAGGUGAAAAAUCUACAAACGAAAAUGACGAGGAGCUCAAUGAAGAAAACGGUGUCUUAUUUUAUGUCAACAAAGAUGGCUUUCCCGUUUCAAACAAAACUUGGGAACGAAUGUGGGAUCAUGUCAGCAAAAAACAUCCGGAUGGAGAAACCAUGGUGAACAAAAUAAGGGAAUCAAAAGAAUUACCAAAGGUGGCUGUACCAGUAGUGCCAACUUUCCAUGAAGGUACAACUGUUUCAGAAAAAUUAAAAGCAAUACAGACUUACAUGAAGAGUCUUCAAUACAAUCACACAGGAACUCAAUUCUUUGAAAUAAAGAAGAACAGACCACUAACGGGAUUAAUGGACUCUGCCAAAGAGAUGAUUAAGGAAUCCCUGCCAAUCAAAUGUCUGGAAGCUGUGAUUCUUGCAAUAUAUUUAACAAAUUCAAUAUCUGGAUUGGAGCGUUUCCCCCUCAGUUUUAAAACUCAAUUUUCCGGUGUGAUUCACCGACAUGUUGUGCUGGGCGUCUACUACAAUGGAAGGUACGGAGCACUGGGCAUGAGCAGAAGAUCAGACCUGAUGGACAAGCCGCUUAUCUUCUCCACAUUAACAGAUUUAGUGAUGAAUUUUGAAGAAGCCUAUCGGAAUUAUUGGCAUCUAGUAAAGAAGGUCAAAAUUGGUUUACCAGUUCCACAUGACCCCCUCAGCUAUGCACCAAUAGAGUGGAAGUAUUUAUCCUUGAACAUGGUGAAAUCAUCAAGCAGUGAACUAAGGAAAGAGAUAGAGAAGCUUGCAAAAGAUAUGAAAGGCAGGUUCAAAAUGACAGCAGCUUCUUAUGGAGCACUACAACGAGAGGUGCGAAACAAUUACACGACAUCUCCAAGGAAGGAGAGCAAACCACAGAAAAAGGACCCACCAAGCACCCUGAAAAAGGAAAAUUCAAAAGAAACAAUACCACAAGAUGUUGACCCAACCCUCAUGGACAAACUUAAGUUAGCAGAUUAUGAAGUUCGAAUAUAGUAUGCUGCUGGUUACCCUGCAAAAUUGUGCAAUUCAGUUCUAUAUGCAGCAGCUGUACUACCCCUAUUGAACAAGCAUGGGUAACCCCCCCCCCCUCGCCCAUUU